UCAGUAUGUGCUUCAUUCCAGUGCACAAGCCGAGCGAAACAGACGCUUCACGCAGCAGCAACAAGCUGACAAAUUCGCUCAGGGAAUAAAUAGAUCCACAGAAACGCGCGCGGCAGUUCUUCUUCCACGGGAAUAACGCUCGGUCGUGGACGCGUGGACGUGAGUGCGAGCGCACAUGCUCGGCUGCGUGGGACGAUACAAACCAUGGUUCUGACACAAGUGCGGCUGUAUCUGCCUCUGCGCCUCUGACCACAGAAAACAACCAAAGUGUUUGGAUUUCAGCGAUAAGGCCCCUACUAUUUAUUUUCAUUUUUUUUUAUUAUUAUUAUUUUUAUUUUUUUCCUUGACUCUCAACGAAAAAAAAAAAAUAUUGCUGGAGAUAUUCCUGUCCUGGUGGUGACAGUGGACACUGGACGACCUGUUUACAGCUGAUUCGCUCCACGCGAGGGGAAAGGGACUGUGGGACCUGUGGUGGCUGCCUUUUUCUCUUGGAGAUCACUGACGGACUUUGUGCAUUUUUUAUAACCACGGCUGUUGUUGUUUGUUUCCCCCCCCCGAACUCUCACAUGUGCGUAUUUUGGUGAAUGGAGGUAACUGUGGUGCUGGAGGCUUGACGAAGCUGGGACUGAGGACGGGAGUGUGUGCGUGGAGCGUCGGAUAACCCCGGGAUUGUUUUGCCCUCCUCACUCUCUCGCUCUCGUGGGUCUAUUUACAUGUCCGACCUGAGCGCUUUGUGACAAUGGAUUACUUUCUGAUUUUGUGCAGCGUCUUGCUGCCGCUGGUGUCCGCUGUUGAAGAGACACUGAUGGACACGAAGUGGGCUACGACAGAAUUAGCAUGGACUGCACACCCUGAAACCGGGUGGGAGGAAGUGAGUGGCUAUGAUGAUGCCAUGAACCCCAUCAGGACUUACCAAGUCUGCAAUGUACGCGAGCUCAACCAGAAUAACUGGCUGCGCAGUGACUUCAUACCACGGAAGGAUGUGCUGCGUGUCUAUGUGGAAAUGAAAUUCACUGUGCGUGAUUGCAACAGCAUUCCCAACAUCCCAGGUUCCUGCAAAGAGACCUUUAACCUCUUUUACUAUGAGUCUGACUCAGACUCAGCUACAGCCACCAGUCCUUUCUGGAUGGAAAACCCUUAUGUCAAGGUGGACACCAUUGCCCCAGACGAGAGCUUCUCCAUGCUUGAAUCGGGCAGGGUAAACACAAAGGUCCGAAGUUUCGGGCCACUGUCAAAAGCUGGGUUCUACUUGGCCUUCCAGGACCUUGGGGCUUGCAUGUCACUCAUCUCAGUUCGGGUGUUUUAUAAGAAAUGCUCCACCACAAUCGCCAACUUUGCAGUUUUCCCAGAGACAGCAACUGGGGCUGAGGCAACGUCCUUGGUAAUUGCACCAGGAACUUGUGUUCCGAAUGCCGUUGAGGUGUCUGUGCCACUGAAGCUUUAUUGCAAUGGUGAUGGGGAGUGGAUGGUUCCUGUAGGAGCCUGCACCUGUUCGGCUGGUUUUGAACCAGCAAUGAAGGAUACCCAAUGUCAAGCCUGCAGCCCUGGCACCUUCAAGUCCAAACAGGGGGACGGCUUCUGCUUGCCCUGUCCAGCCAACAGUCGUGCCAGCUCGGGAGCAGCCAGCGUUUGCUCCUGUCGUAAUGGUUUCUACCGAUCAGACACAGACUCUCCGGACACCCCCUGUACCACUGUUCCCUCCGCGCCACGAAGUGUCAUCUCCAGUGUGAAUGAAACGUCGCUUGUGCUAGAAUGGAGUGAGCCACGGGAAUUGGGUGGCCGCGACGACAUCUUCUACAAUGUCAUCUGUAAGAAGUGUCUGCCCGAGCGGGGGAUGUGCUCCCGUUGUGACGACAAUGUCGACAUCUCGCCUCGCCACCUGGGCCUGACCCAGCGCCGCGUGGCUGUCCGCAACCUGCAAGCCCACACACAAUACAGCUUCGAGAUCCAGGCGGUCAACGGCGUUUCCCACAAGAGCCCUUACACACCUCAUUUCUCUUCAGUGAAUAUCACUACAAAUCAGGCUGCUCCAUCUGCAGUACCCACGGUUCACCUGAUGGUGGCCACAGCAAGCACAAUGAGUCUGUCCUGGCUGCCUCCAGAGAAACCAAAUGGAAUCAUUCUAGAUUAUGAGAUUAAGUACCAUGAGAAGGUAAGCAGCAAUGAUCAAGGUGAGGCCAUUGCCCAUACCAUGACUGCCCAGCGGAGCAAUGCACGUAUUGAAGGUCUGAAGGCUGGUACGCCUUAUGUGGUUCAAGUUCGGGCCCGAACAGUGGCCGGUUAUGGACGCUACAGCAGCCCAGCUGACUUCGGCACCAACUUGCAAAGUGACCCUCCGAAGUCAUGGCAGGAGCAGUUGCCACUAAUCGUGGGAUCAAUCACCGCCACUUUGGUCUUCAUCAUUGCAGUCGUGGUCAUUGCAAUCGUAUGCCUCAGAAAGCAGAGAAAUGGUUCGGAGUCGGAGUACACAGAGAAACUGCAGCAGUACAAAUCCCCUAUAGUAACGCCGGGAAUGAAAGUCUACAUUGACCCCUUCACCUAUGAGGACCCCAACGAAGCUGUUCGCGAGUUUGCCAAGGAGAUCGAUGUCUCCUGUGUGAAGAUCGAGGAGGUCAUCGGCGCAGGUAACCCACCAAAGCUCCUGAGCUACAGGGGGAAGGCUGCUAGUCACCUCCAGGCCAUACCAUUAGAGGACUUCACAUCAAGCGGAGAGUUUGGGGAGGUAUGUCGUGGUCGCCUCAAGCUGCCUGGGCGCCGGGAGAUCAUUGUUGCAAUCAAAACACUGAAGGUGGGCUACACUGACCGCCAAAGAAGAGACUUCCUGUCCGAGGCUUCCAUCAUGGGCCAGUUUGACCACCCCAACAUCAUCCGCCUGGAAGGUGUAGUCACCAAGAGUCGGCCAGUGAUGAUUGUGACUGAGUUUAUGGAGAAUGGGGCGCUGGACUCUUUCCUAAGGCUCAAUGAUGGACAGUUUACAGUGAUCCAGCUGGUGGGCAUGCUGCGUGGUAUCGCAGCAGGCAUGAAGUACUUGUCAGACAUGAACUAUGUGCACAGAGACUUGGCUGCUCGUAACAUCCUGGUCAACAGUAAUCUGGUGUGUAAGGUGUCUGACUUUGGACUUUCUCGCUUCCUCGAGGAUGAUGCCACGGACCCCACCUACACGAGCUCACUGUAUUUCAUGCUCACCUACUCAUUCGCAUAUCCACAGGGAGGGAAGAUUCCCAUUCGCUGGACAGCUCCAGAGGCAAUUGCUUACAGGAAGUUCACCUCGGCCAGUGACGUGUGGAGCUACGGAAUUGUCAUGUGGGAAGUGAUGUCGUAUGGCGAACGGCCGUACUGGGACAUGAGCAAUCAAGAUGUGAUAAAUGCCGUGGAGCAGGACUAUCGACUGCCCCCACCCAUGGACUGCCCCACAGCACUGCACCAGCUCAUGUUGGACUGCUGGGUAAAAGAGAGGAACCUGCGACCCAAAUUCACCCAGAUUGUGGCCACACUGGAUAAGCUUAUCCGCAAUGCUGCCAGCCUCAAGGUGGUCACUAACAGCGCACAGUCCACUGGGGUGUCCCAGCCCUUGCUUGACCGCUGCAUCCCAGACUAUACCACUUUCACCACUGUGGGGGACUGGCUGGAUGCCAUCAAGAUGAGCCGCUACCGUGACAACUUUGUCAAUGCUGGAUUUGCUUCCUUUGACCUGGUGGCCCAGAUGACAGCAGAGGACUUGCUGCGGAUAGGGGUGACACUGGCUGGCCAUCAAAAGAAGAUUCUUGGUAGCAUUCAGGACAUGAGACUACAGAUGAACCAAACUCUUCCUGUCCAGGUGUGAGCAACUGGACGCACGGACCGAUGCAGUCAAAGGACAGCCAGACAGGAGAAGGGGAAGGAACUUUGGCAGAGAAAGCCAUUGGAAAAACCCUAGCUGCCUGACCUAUCUCUGCCAAUUAGACGCGAUGAGACUGGCUUGCGGUGCCUCUGAAUAUUUUUUUUCUUAAUUUCAUUACCACUUCCAUUCCCUGUUCGGGCUUUUUUGUUCUUGCCGUUUUUCAUCAUUUCCUUUCAUUCUUCUUCCGGCCAUCCAAUCCUAAUUUGUGUGUUUUUGAAGGAGGACGAAGUGUUAACCCUCUUAAAUCCCACGUGUGCCUCACCAGCUCUGGUGUGGGGUGACAUUUGCAUGCAGGUGUCUUUGGUGAAGUUGGCCUUAGCCCUGUAACCGAAAACUUCACAACGUGAUCCUCACGCAAGAACCCCGCCCCCUUUUGCCCCGUAAUCCAGUUCUGAUGGACGUAAUAUAUAUAUAUAUAUAUAUAUAUAUAUAGUAAAGAAUGAACACCCUGCUAUAAAAAAAAAAGAGAACAAGUGUUCACACGUGUAAAAGAAAACAAAAACACAAGUGUUUUGGAGCCACAGGAGGAUUUUUUUCUCUGAUAGACAUUGUUCUACUCAGCACGCUUGUUGUUCUCCAUCUUCAUAUUGAAGAUGUGUUAUCCAAAAGGGCACGAGCGGAAGAAUGGUGAGGUGGUGAAGGAGGAGAAAUAAUGGGCUGAGGUCAAAGGUAAAGAGGAUGACAGAGGUCGAAAAGGUGCACCCACAUUUUUGGACACGCGUUUCGGUUCUUCACUUUGACCUGAAGUGACUCAGGAUAGUUCCACAGCUAGGAAUCACUUGCUCAUCAAGUGUGUUUUUACACAUUGAACUGUUUGGAGUUUGUUUGUUCAUACAUUUUUCUUCCACCGCCCUCCUUUUUUUCUUUUCCUUUUGUUUUUUUUUGUUUUCAGAAUCUCUCACACAUUCUCACACACGAGAAUUGUGUGACGGCUGGCCAAACCUACGUACCCCCACUGGACUAUGUGAUUGGGGGGCAUUGACUGUGGCGUUAUAGAAAGACCACUUGGCCUUUUGUGUGCGUUUUUGUAUGUGUGUGUGUGUGUGUGUGUACACAUGUAUGUGUGUGUGUGAAUGUUUGAUUAAGUGUGCAUGGAUGUGCGGAUGUGUCGAGUCGCACACAAAUAUACUGUACAGUACGGCCGCCGCGAUUUGCUUCCAUGGAGAAUUAACGCAUGAACUGAACCAUGACAAGGAGCAAAUAUAUCUGAAACAAUUAUGCUAUAGUCUGUGGACAAGUGUUCAACAUUCUUUUUUUUUAUUAAAUCCAAAACAAUAAAACUUUUGACAUAAACACACAUAUAUAAUUAUAUGUGCAGAAAGUGAGAGACAUCUCACUUUUUACAUACUACUAUCUGGAUUUAAUCAAAAUUCUUGUUAUGAUUUCUUGACAUCCUCCCCUAUGUAUUUAUUUGUACCUCGCCCACAAACCCCCCUCACCCCACCAACACUCAGAUGGACUAUUGGUGGACAGUGGAACAAUCAGAAGGAAGAAAAACUCCAAGAGGAUUCACCUUAUGGCUUGAUGAUUAUUAAACAAAAAGAAAUUGCAUAUAAAUUGGAUAUUGUAUUUUUGUUGUUGUUCUAAACAGCCUGUACAUGUUUUGUAACAAAAAUAUGAUAAAUAUGAAAAGAAAAUGGUGUUUUGACAAAAUGGAAGUGUUGUUGUGAAAUGAUUCAGGUUCGAAAAGGAAGUAUGUGACGGUCGGGACGUGAAGAGAAUCAGACAGAGUGAGUCACGACCUAUCAUCCCUCUGCUCUGCCUGACGUACAUGUGUUUAGGUUUGUGUGUGUCACAUGAACUGGAAAUGAUGCUUCCCUAACUCAACAUACAGAGCGAUUGGGAAUCCCUGAGCUGUUACUAUUAACUGUCUUCCAGGCACCUUUUUUUUUCUUUUAAUUCAAAACCUCCUACAGACAACUCAGACGCAUAUUGCCUUUGUUGUAAUUGUACUUAUUUGGCAUCUAGCAGUGAGGUUCUUGCAGCCUCGUCUUAUGUAGGGCGCUUCAUUAGGAUUCAUUAGUCAAGGAGAGGAAGGUACAGAGUUGAUGCAGCCUCAUCGCCAAUCAUGUCAAUCUUCCCAGACGCAGAGCUCCAUCACAAGGCCUGCAGUUUUGCUUUCCUUGCAACGACACCCUCAUCAGAGAAUCCGAGCUGUCACAGGAGAGACCUCUUAGUCCCCGUCUGUCAGGUCGAUUCAUGCGGCAGCCAGUCUUGCACUGUAAGGAUGCAAACCGGCGCGAGUGCAUGAACAUACGGCGAGCUGACCUAUCAUUAUCUCUCUUCAUUUUCUGUCUGACCUGCAAUCAUCGUGUCUCAGGCUGCUGCGUCGUUAGUACAGUGCAGCAUCGACAGCCCUGGGAUUCAGACAGCCAAAUUCUGCAGGCCCACUCAUCCUAAAUGAUAGCAGCUGCAUCACAGAGGCCAUACUUGCAGAGCGGUGUUUGAUUGUAGUGGAUUAAGGGAGCGGGGUUGAACCACUGAUGUGAUAGUCCAUUCUCCAUAUAUUGUCUGGGUUGGAGCUGAUCGAUGCAAUAUGUGACUAUUAUUAGUUAGGGUGGCGUGAUGCAAGUGGCCAUGCAGUGUGUCUUGCCAUAUUACUUUAGUCAGCCACGCUUCAGAUCCCUCAAAAGCCAUGGAGAAUUUAUGCAAAAUAGCAAUGUGUUCCUUAUUUUCCUAUUGUUUCAUCAUACCACGCGUACAGAUGUUUUCACUGCUCCCAGUGCAUUCUUUAAAAAAAAGAGAGAAAAAAAAGGCCACACCUGUAACAGUUGUAGUCCAAAACCAAGUAGUCAUGUUAACAGUUCUGUUCUCACACCAUACAGGAAAUACGUCUCAAAUGUUUCAAUUGUUUCCAUGAGUCAAUUCUUGUUUUUCCGAUGUGAUGAGUCAGAGGUGCUGUGUCAACGUAAUGAGAAUGUGCUGAAAGUGCCUCUUAAAGGAGCAGACCAGAUUAUUUUGGAUAUACUUUGGCGGAAUGGUUUUAUUCGCACAUACACAUUAUUAUUUAAUGUGUGCGCUCACACACACAUUCUCAUGCAGCUUUCUUACUGAGGACACAUAGACAUAAUGCAUCCCCUAGCCCCUCACCCUAACCGCAACCCACCAAAAAUAAAUACUUAACCCUUAACCUAAACAUUACCUAAACCCAAUUCACCCCAAUCCUCCCAAAAAGUCAUUUAAAGUUGUGAGGACCAGACAAAAUGUCCUUUUUGGCCCUCACAAAGAUACACAUACAAGAACACACACACACACACACACACACACAUAGGAGACCACAAAUAAUGCACUCACUUUUACUCAGACUCUCAGGAAUUUCCAUUUCUCCCUUAUUCGUUUAAUCAGUUAAGUCCCACUCUUCCAAACGUUCUUGUGGCACCACACAAGGCACAGUCAAAGACCAUCAAAUCAAGAUGGUGGUGGUGGUGGUGGUGGGUGGGGCUCCUAUUGAAACACAAUCAGAUGGCAGACAUGCCCACUCAUGAAAAAUGGCAGCGCUUUUGUUUUCACACGCACAAGUGAUGAGGUGCACAUGGUGCGCUGGGAUCUGAAGUUCUGCUCACCAAAGUCAACCAGCCAUGAGCGAUGAGCCCGACCGGCACAUCUUAAAAUGAUAAAACUGCCACCACACGAACGGCAAACAGUUAAUCACUGAGUGGAUUUUACACACGUUCAUGCUGAACGUGUGUUUUAGAUUUGACUUACGCAUAGAGUGGGGAGGGAAAAGUCACUGUUAAGAGGUUGCAGGAAUUAAGAUGGACUGUUUGUGUGUUUGUAAUAAAAGAGUGUCUUUUUUUUAUAUACAGGAACAUUUUGAUCAGUAGAAUCUAGGCUUUGUCGGAUGUGGUUAUCUUUUUGUGCCAAUAGGAUUCAGACUAUCCCAACUUUCCUUCUAUCCUUCGUUCUUAUUUUACAUCCUCCGCAGAUCAUCUAAUAAGCCUGGCCUCACUGACACCCCUUUACUUCCAUUUUUUCUGACUUUUUUUCUUCAGUUGUCUGUUUUAAAUAAAUAUACACAGUUCUGUCCUUUCCUUUGUCUUGUAAUAAGCUGACUGCGCUUCUGUCCCGGACACUUUCGGGAAAAAACUCCGUCUUCUAACAAAGAAGCAAGAUGUUCCACAGUACUGUACAUGUGUAGUGAACUGGGAGGGGACGUAACAAAGCGCCAAGAAAUGCAAUUGUUAAUUCCUCUUUGAGAAGCAUUGAGAUGUAUUUAAUAGUACAGACAUACACAUCAAAUUACUAAAAAUGAUGAUGCAUUCUUGUUGAAAUAUUUUUAAAGACCCUUUUGCAAUUAAAUUAUUUAAGAAAUGUGA